GUGUCGUGAGUUUAUGAUCACAUGUCAUUUUACUCAAUGAUGAGCCAAAUUGGUUUGACUCCUGUUCUGCAAGUAGUCAAGUAUCGAAGCAGUAGUAAUUGUUGCUGCUCAUCCUCAUCAUCAAUUUCUGAAACUCAAGUACUUAAUGGUUUGCCAAGCAAAGGUCGAAUGUCUUCUGACACACUCGACCUUCUCAAGGACUGUCAAUUGUCUGUCAAGCAAGUCAAUCCCAGACAGUAUGUUGCUCAAAUUCCUCAGCUUUCCAAUUUGGAAGUAUGGUUUCAGAGGCCCAAAGACAUUGUAAGAAAAUUAUUAUCUGGAGAUCUUGACCUUGGUAUCGUUGGACUUGAUAUAGUCACUGAAUUUGGUCAGGGCAAUGACGAUCUUAUCAUUGUCCACGAGGCUUUGGAGUAUGGUGAUUGUCGUUUAUCCAUUGCGAUUCCCCAAUAUGGAAUAUUUGAAAAUGUAAAUUCACUAGAGGAGCUUGCAAAAAUGCCUCAAUGGACAAAAGAAAAGCCUCUUAGAGUUGCAACUGGAUUCACCUAUCUGGGUCCUAAAUUUAUGAAAGAUAAUGGCAUUAAGCAUGUGGCAUUUUCAACUGCCGAUGGAGCACUGGAGGCAGCUCCUGCGAUGGGGAUUGCUGAUGCUAUCUUGGACCUUGUAAGUAGUGGAACUACAUUGAAAGAAAAUAACUUGAAGGAAAUUGAAGGUGGAACUGUUUUGGAAAGCCAGGCUGCUCUUGUUGCGAGCAGGAAAUCGAUGAUUGGACGAAAAGGAGUACUUGAAACAACUCAUGAGAUGCUUGAAAGAUUGGAGGCACAUCUGAGGGCCAUGGGGCAGUUCACGGUCACUGCAAAUAUGAGAGGAAGCAGUGCAGAGGAAGUGGCUGAGAGAGUACUGAGCCAACCAUCGUUGGCUGGGUUGCAGGGACCCACAGUAAGUCCCGUUUUCUUGAAGCGUGAUGGAAAGGUAUCAGCAGACUACUAUGCCAUAGUCAUAUGUGUGCCAAAGAAGGCAUUGUACAAGUCUAUACAGCAAUUGAGAGCGAUUGGAGGCAGCGGAGUUCUCAUAUCACCCUUGACAUAUAUUUUUGAUGAGGAAACUCCCAGAUGGCGCCAGCUCCUUUCUAAACUUGGACUAUAGUUAUAUAUGUGUUCCAUUUAUGGAGUAGUUUGUUGUUUCCCCACCCCCAAAGAUACUAUCAAUGCAGAAGAACUGUAGCAAAGUGAAACGAAAUUGCAUUUCUUGCUGGAUAACAGAGAUAUUCCCACCUCUGCAUCAGCUUGUAGGUUGAGAAUUUUGUAGCAAACUUGUAGUUUCUUGAAUUAAUUCUGUCCAUAAUACUUGGUUAGAUAAGUAGGGGGUGGGAGGUUGAAGUUUUAACUUCAACAUUGUUGUUGGAGUUAUACUAUGGUGUUGAUUUUUAACUUUUAAUGUUGUUGAAGUAAUUUUUAACUUUUUUAGUUGA